AGUGAAAAUACAGAACACUGGUGGCUCUGGCAAACCGAUAUUUUAGUAAAAGUAAUACAGCUUUCAUGUAAACCACCACUGCUGAUCACUUAACUCGUUCCAUUCCACUAGUUGUCUCACAUGAGGCAGAGGGUUAAACUGGUCUCUGAUGGGUGAGAGGAUGUGACGCUACUGGUGGUGCUGGUACAUAAUACCGACCCGCACUGGCUGCAGCUUCAGGCUGUCGUUUUUCAUUUCACUUUACUGAGGAGCAGUACUUUCAUAUCUUGGAGCAGCUAACGUCCUGUGUGCACAUCCAGUCUGUUCUUCCAGCAUGGCAGAUUACUUAAUCAGUGGAGGUACAGGCUACGUUCCUGAAGAUGGACUCUCAGCUCAGCAGCUCUUCUCAAUCGGAGAUGGCCUUACAUACAACAGAUCUGACCAACAGUACGUUAUCUCCGACAGUCAUACGGCAGAAGAGCUAUGCUCUGAAGGAGAUGGGUUGACUUACAAUGACUUCCUGAUUUUACCUGGCUUCAUUGACUUUACCUCGGACGAAGUGGAUCUGACAUCAGCACUGACCAGGAAGAUCACACUGAAGACCCCUCUCAUCUCCUCCCCCAUGGACACUGUCACAGAGUCAGCCAUGGCAAUUGCUAUGGCGCUAAUGGGAGGCAUUGGCAUCAUUCACCACAACUGCACACCAGAAUUCCAAGCUAAUGAGGUCCGCAAGGUUAAGCGGUUUGAGCAAGGUUUUAUCACAGACCCAGUUGUGAUGAGUCCACAGCACACAGUUGGGGAUGUGUGUGAGGCCAAAGUAAGACAUGGUUUCUCUGGUAUUCCUGUCACAGAGACGGGCAAAAUGGGCAGCAAACUGGUGGGCAUCGUCACCUCCAGAGAUAUUGACUUCCUUUCUGAGAAAGACCAUAACAAACCUCUGGAGGAGGCUAUGACUAAGAGGGAGGAGUUGGUUGUGGCUCCAGCUGGUGUUACACUGAAAGAAGCCAAUGAUAUUUUGCAGCGUAGUAAAAAAGGUAAGCUUCCCAUUGUUAAUGAUAACGACGAGCUGGUGGCCAUUAUCGCUAGAACAGAUCUGAAAAAGAACAGGGACUAUCCUCUGGCCUCUAAAGACUCACGCAAACAGCUGCUGUGUGGCGCUGCCAUCGGCACCAGGGACGAUGAUAAAUACAGGCUAGACCUGUUAGUGCAGGCUGGAGUGGAUGUCAUUGUACUGGACUCUUCACAAGGCAACUCACUGUAUCAAAUCAACAUGAUCAGUUAUAUCAAAGAGAAGUAUACAGAUUUGCAAGUGGUGGGAGGAAAUGUGGUUACAGCAUCUCAGGCCAAGAACCUGAUCGAUGCUGGUGUGGACGCCCUAAGAGUGGGCAUGGGCUGUGGCUCCAUCUGCAUCACACAGGAAGUCAUGGCAUGUGGGCGGCCCCAGGGGACCUCGGUGUACAAGGUAGCAGAGUAUGCCAGGCGUUUCGGCGUGCCAGUGAUUGCCGACGGUGGCAUUCAGACUGUGGGCCAUGUGGUGAAAGCUCUGUCACUCGGAGCAUCGACUGUUAUGAUGGGCUCGUUGCUAGCAGCAACCACUGAGGCUCCAGGAGAGUACUUCUUCUCAGAUGGUGUGCGGCUGAAAAAGUAUCGUGGUAUGGGCUCACUAGAUGCAAUGGAGAAGAAUACCAGCAGCCAGAAACGCUACUAUAGCGAGGGUGACAAGGUGAAGGUAGCCCAGGGUGUGUCUGGCUCAGUCCAGGACAAGGGCUCCAUUCACAAGUUUGUACCAUACCUGAUAGCUGGUAUCCAACAUGGCUGCCAGGACAUUGGGGCAAAGAGUCUGUCUGUCCUCCGUUCCAUGAUGUACUCCGGAGAGCUGAAGUUUGAGAAGCGGACCAUGUCUGCACAGGUUGAAGGAGGCGUUCAUGGACUUCACUCUUACGAGAAGCGGCUUUACUGAACAGGGGGAUGGAGCUCUGAUCAGCGGUGCACGUAACAUACCCGAUCGAACAGUGACCAAAACUUAAACCGCCACCGCUGUUAAAAUACACACCACCCCACUAUACCCUCUCUGCCCUCCAAGCAUUGUUCCACUCUUGCUUUCUCUCUGAUCCAAACCAGCUUGUGUUGGGGAGGAAAGAGGCACCGUAGCAAAGUGAGACUCUUCAAACUGACACCCGACUCUCGGAACACCUGGGAUCUUGCACUCAAUAAGUGGCGCAUCAGGGUUUGGAAUGACAUACACACCUGUAUCUUGAGUGUGCAGCUGGAUCCCGUGUGUUUGUGUGUGAUGUUAGCAGUGAGACAAUGAGGUGUGUGUCUGAAUGUGUGUUGGGA